UUCAAUGAGUAACGGAUACAAUGGCAGCGACUUCUUACAAAACUAGACAUGCCAAUAGUUUUCUUGUAUCCGUCGAAUCGCUAAGAAAGAAUACAGUCAUUUGUGACUUUAAAAUUAAAGUAGGAGGGUGCUUAUUUCCCGUACACCGGACGGUACUGGCGGCGUGUUCAGAGUACUUCAAGGCAAUGCUUUCACACGAUAUGAAAGAAUCAAAAGAAGGAAUAGUCGAACUGAAAGAAGUAGACGAAAAUGCUGUGGAGAAGGCAAUAUAUUUUAUGUAUAAUGGCGAGGCAGAAGUGAAAAUAGAUGAAGUACAAAGCAUUCUCCAUGUGUCUCGUUUUAUGCAACUAGAAAUAUUGAACGAAAUCUGUCUUGAUAGCAUGAAAAAUAACAUAUCAGUAGACACAGUAUUUUGUAUAAGAAGUAUUGCUUGCCUAUAUUCCUUCGAUGAUCUAACUCAAAGUUGUGAAACAUUUAUCGAAGUGAAUUUUGAAGAAAUUAUUUUGACGGAGGAUUUUGCUUCAGUAACUAAAGCUGACAUUUUAGAUUUUUUGGGUAAAUUAAAUGUCAGUCAUGAGCUUCUCUGGCAGGGUGUUCUUUCAUGGAUAAAGUACAAUUCCAAAGCGAGAAAGCAUCAUCUCGCUGAGUUUCUACAACAAUUUUUUAAACGAGAUAUUUCGAACACAUUUAUUUUGAAGGUUAUGUGGACAAACAAAAAUCUCCAGAAAUCGAAGCAGUGUAAAGAAAUCCUUGAGAAUAAGCUAUUUUUGCAUCCACAAGACUUAAAAUCAUGGAUUGAUGUGGAUAAUGUAUUCAUCGUUUACAACCUGUCAAAAACUUGCAAUCAUGUGAAUACAUCUUCAAUUAAAGGUGAGGUUCAUAUAUUCAUGAGGGAAAACUUUGAAAGUAUAACUGAAAAUGAAGAAUGGAAUAAACUGGAAGUGGAUGACGUAUUGAGUAUCCUAGGAGAUCCUGAGGUCAUUUGUACUUCCGAGAAGGUCAAGUGGGAAGCAGUUUUAAAGUGGGUGAAACAUGAACAUUCGAGAACAAAUUUAUUUCCUAAUUUGUUCAAACUUUUAGAUCUAACAUUAUUUUCUGCCCAAUUUAUUCAAGAAAUAAUAAAACGUGACAAAUUAGUUAAAGAAUCGCCAGAAUGCAUCAAACUAAUAUCAGAUGAAGGAUUACAAAAUAAUGAGUCCACCAACAAUUUAAUGGGUAAAACUGAUAAAAAAGAUGAAAAAUCAUUUUCAGAUAGCAGUACUUCUCGGGGCGCAGAGAAUUUACAGACUCAUAAUAUGCUUAAAUUUUUUCAAAGCAUAACUCUCCACCCAAAAGGAGAUGUAAGACAAAGCCGAAGUCAAAUAUCAAAACCAACGACCAAUGACAAAAUAUCGAUGGAAGUUUGUCAAAUUCAAUCGGGCGAUCGACCUCAGAAUGACGAUUUUCCACUGGAUCACCAAGCGACGUCCUGUAACGCAUCAGCGGUUGAAUUGAGUGAACAUUGUAACAGUGAAUCUUCUCAUCCACAUUGGCAGUGGCCUCCACCACAUCACCUUCACGGUUUUACACCACAUCACCCCCCUCCGCAUCAUCGACAUUCUCCUCCACCACAUCACCCGCCUUCGCAUCCUGGACAUCCUCCUCCACCACAUCACCCCCCUCCGCAUCAUCGAAAUUCUCCUCCACCAUAUCGCCGCCCUCCGCAUCAUCGACAUCCUCCUCCACCACAUCACCCCCCUCCGCAUCAUCAACAUUCUCCUCCACCACAUCACCCCCCCUCCGCAUCAUCGACAUUCUCUUCCACCACAUCACCCGCCUCCGCAUCCUGGACAUCCACACUUUCCUGGAAGAGGUUGGAGACGACAUCACCACCAUAUUCAUCCUGGUGGUUUUGGACCUCCCGGCCGCGGCCGUUGGAGGUUUCCCAUGCGCGGGUAAGUCAUAGGUUACAUCACUUUUACACACCUUGUAUUUCUAUACAGCAAUCAAUGUAUUUAAUUCUAUCAAUUACUUAUAUCACAACAAACAAACAUAGUGUGAUGUAAAUAUUAAUGUAAAAGGAACAAAAUGAAUGGGUUUUUAUUUUAGCUGCCGUUUGUUCAUCUAGGUCAGGGAUGGCGAAUAGGUAACCCGUGGAUGACAAAGUGACU